AUGCACUCUGACGGCAUUGAUCUUGACAUGGGCGACGAGCCGCUGUACGGCGCUGAGGCACUUUCAUCAUCGCUCGCCGUGCAGCAGUGGAUCGACGAGUCAAACGACCGUGCCAAUGACUACUUCGAUCAGUCGACAGACGAUGACCUGUUUCCUGAAACCAAGCUAACGACGCAUUCAUCAGGUGAAGAAGCCACUCAACAGCACCAGACGUCCGCGACUCCUCAUUUUGACCCUGCCGCGUUGCUCAACCCAAAGUCAUCGUCAAAGCGGCCAGCAUCUUCUUCAGGGACAAGCGAAUCCAGCCACACCCAGUCCAGUAGCCUCGGUCAGGUGUCGCUAGUGGAGCGCCUGCACAAUGUCGAAGAGCGCGCCGCGUCACCAGCCAAACGUGUGAAGACGGUUGAGGAACAGCAGCGCAAGAAGAAGCCUUUAAAUGGUGUACACUUUGGAGGCAGCGGUUCCCUGGAUCUCGCCAACAACAGCCAAAAUCCUGUACCUCUACCUGCCCAAGUCGAUCUUACAAUGAGCGACGAUGACGAGAUUGAAGUUGUGCAGGACAACAUGUCGCAGAUGAUCUGCAUUGGCAAGGUUGAGCAGACGUAUAUCAUGAUGCACACUGUACCAUUUCCCGACCCGAAGAAGUACACAGGCAACAGCGGAGCGCAGGGGAGGAUCAAAGUCGCUUUCCGGAGAGCCGGUCAACGCAACGACCUCACUGUUUUCGUCACAGACGCUGUGGGCAAAGAGUUUGGUAAGAUCGACACCAAGACUGCACAUGCUAUUGUUCCGCUCAUCGACAGUGCUAAGAGUAGCGGCCUGAUGUGGGUGGCAUGGACAGAUCCAAGGAAGCGUCAAAACGAACCCGCAACGCCUGGCUCCUCGCACCAUGCCCUUAUCUCAAUGACUCUACAGUUGUAUUGCCCGCGCAGGCAUGCUCACGGUAUUGGCAAGUUCUUAAAGAACAAGAACACAAAGUUGACACGGCCAUCAUGGGAGCUGGAGAAGUAUAACUACUUCAAUCCACAAACGCAGGAGACCGCCACGCGGCUUCAGCUACAGCACCCAACUACUGGUCCGCAUGGCAAUCCACGAUAUGCACCGGCUAUACCUACAACCAACUACGUUUUGCGCAGCGUUGAUGAGAUCCGCGACGAUGUCCAGAACGUUUUCGACUCUGUUGUUGGCAGCUCGGAAGAAGUGCCGACACGCGAACCGUCCUCGCAUAUCAAGACCGAACUCUACCCUCACCAAAAACAAGCUCUGCACUUCAUGUGGAGCAGGGAGCAAGAGCUUACUGGCGAGGAGACAGACAAAGCUGAUCCACUAUGGAAGCCACAUUAUCUCGAUAAUGGUCGCAAAAAGUACAUCCAUGUUAUCACCGGGGAGGAGCAGGAAAUUAGAGAGAAGUCCUGUCGAGGCGGCAUCCUUGCAGACGAGAUGGGCCUGGGCAAGACCCUCAGCAUCCUAUCCCUUGUUGCCGACGAGUCUUCGAUUGCAGAUUCCCGAGACUUCGCAACAAAAAAGCCGCCCCGAAUUCAAGUUGGCACACCAGCCAUUCAACCCGUGUUCAACAGCCGAGCCACGCUUCUUGUGUGCCCUCUUAGCACGAUGACGAAUUGGAAAGAGCAGAUGAAGGACCACUUUCCUGCUGGCAGCGCGCUCAAAUGGACCCGCUACCACGGCAGUGAGCGUUUUGAUAUGAAAGCGAGCGAGUUGGCGGAUAACGAUAUUGUCGUCACCACCUAUCACAUCAUCGCAAAGGACAUGCUGGACAAGAGGCGGGCACUGCCCCAUAUUAACUGGUUCCGCAUUGUAUUGGACGAGGCCCAUACUAUCCGCAAUCCAACUGCGCAGUCCAGGGCAACGAUUGCGCUUCCUGGACAGCGGCGUUGGGCUGUCACUGGCACUCCUGUCCAGAACCGUCUUGAGGAUCUUGGUGCGUUGUUCAGCUUCAUACAGCUCAAGCCUUUCGAUAGAACCUACGGCUUCAACCUAUACAUCCUCAGUCCAUUUAAAGCUGCCGAUCCAGAAGUCGUGCCGAAACUGCAGCUUCUAGUCAGCACAGUCACCAUCCGCCGCACAAAAGAAAUUAUCAAGAACGAGGUACCGGCACGCCUUGAUAUGACAGUUAGGCUGAAGUUCUCCCGACCAGAGCAACAGCUUUACGACUGGUUUGAAAAAGAUACACAACGCAAGGUCAAUGCCGUUACCUCAGGCGAGAAGUUGGGAGGCAACUCAUAUGCACGUAUCUUGACGGCUAUUCUCAACCUGCGACUCAUCUGCGCUCACGGUCGCGACCUUCUCAACGAAGAUGCCCUGCGGACGACUGAUGGCAUGACGUCCGAUCAGCCUAUGGAGAUUGACGAUGAAGAAGAGGAGGCGCCAUCGCUCACACGGCAGCAGGCUUACGAGAUGUUGGACAUGCUUGGACAGACUAGUGCAGAUCUGUGCGCGUAUUGUCACAAAUCCGUCUUCAACGACGUCGACACUGAUGACGAGGACGAGGACGGCGAACCUCCAAACCUGAUCGGACACAUGACUUCGUGCUAUCAUGUCGUUUGUCCGAAGCACACCAAGAGGCUGAGGACGGAUUUCAUCAAUAACAAGCUUGAUAAUGGCAUGGUCAAGUGUCACUUCUGUGAAGACAAGGUCAAGCAGUCUCUAUUUGAGCUGAACCGCAGUGACUAUCAAGACUUCUGCGACGAGCGCGAGAAGAUGCGCAGGGAUCCCAAACUCUCAAAGAAAAUCAACACUUACGCCGGACCGCACACGAAGACACUGGCUCUGCUCAAUGACCUUGCGGAGUUCCAUCUUUGGAGCGAAAACAACCCUGAUGAGCGCCCCAUCAAGAGCGUCGUCUUCUCCACCUGGACAACUCACCUUGACCUAAUUGAGAUCGCUCUCAAGAAUCACUCACACGUCUACGUCCGCCUUGAUGGGCGCAUGACCCGCGAGGCACGCGACAAAUCAAUGCGCGUCUUUCGUGAAGACCCUUCUGUGCGCGUCAUGCUCGUAUCCAUUGGCGCUGGCGGACUGGGUCUCAAUCUGACCACUGCUAACAAGGUCUACAUGAUGGAGCCGCAGUUUAAUCCUGCUGCUGAGGCACAGGCUGUCGACCGUGUGCAUCGCUUGGGUCAAGACAGGGAGGUCACGAUCAAGCGGUUCAUCAUGGAGCAUAGCUUUGAGGAGAAGAUGCUUGAGUUGCAGAACAAGAAGAAGGCGCUUGCUGAUAUCACGAUGGCCCGGGAGAAGAGGAAUAAGGGCGAGGAUUCGAAAAGGAGGCUGGAGGAACUCAGGAGUCUGUUCAAAUGA